AGAGAGAGAGAGAGAUCUAGAGAGAGAUUUAGAGAGAGGGACAGAGGGAGAUGCCGUUGGGGAAGUAUUACUGCGACUACUGCGACAAGCAGUUCCAAGACACCCCCUUCGCUCGCAAACGCCAUCUCCAGGGCCUCUCUCACCUCCGCGCCAAAGCUCUCUGGUUCGAUUCCCUCCUCCUCCAUGAACCGAACCAGGCCUAUGCCGAGGGCUACGUCCGAGGAGUCUGCAACCGUUUCGUCAAUACGGGCUUUUGUCAGUACGGGGAUACGUGCAAAUACUUUCACCCCAAGAACGUUGCGACUCCAGCUCCGCGAACCCCGAGGGGUGAUAAUGUUCGGUCAAUGGUAAUCCCAGGCAGUCAUCUAGUUGAGGGAACCUCUUCGCAAGGUAAUGUGGUGGUGACAGAUAGUACGGGCAUGGCCACAGCCUGGGGUAUUCUCCCUCCAUCCCUAAAGCCUCCACCUGAGGGUGGAUAUCCGCCUUUGCCUUUCCUUGACUGGGGAUAAGCAUGUUGUUUCAUCUGAAGCUUCGGGGAUAGAUGUAGCAAGGAAUCGGUGCAUCGUAAUCAAUGUGAGUGAUGUGGUUAGUCAUUCUUGUUCAGCCAUGAGCUGAAACAUCUGUAUGUAGGAUGUAGCAACACUAGGUCAUUGUCUUCUGCUGUUCCUGGAGCAUGUAGCUUAUUGUCACUCUUUGGUGCAGUGGAUUGGUGAGUUCCUUAUGUUUACCGGUCAAUGAACCAUCUAAACCUCUGCUAAAAAACCUGAGAACAAUAACAAAUAACGCCAUGGAAAUAGAAUAUGGUAAACUAUACAUAUGAAAUUCUACAAGUAGGAAUUCUCAUAAGUUAUGUGUCGACAUUUUAUCCCGACUCCUGGAGACGUGUCCAAGCUUGUGCAUGAAAAUACAUAUUAGGAAAAACCAAGAUAUAUAUGAAGCCAACUGCAGCUUGUGCAUGCAUCAGUCAUCAAAAUAUGGAAGUGUCAGAUGUAUCGCUUUUUUCCUGUUGAAUCUGGAUAGCGAAAAAUAGCUUUAUCAGCUUGGUGCCUGUUGCAAAUCUUGGGCACCAAUAUUGACUCCGAAUGUAAGUGAGAAGUCUCGUUAGGUUUUGAAUGUUCAUGAAACAUGAGUUGCAUGAGUUUGGGUCUUGUUUGCUUGAUGUGAAGUUUAUGGCGUAAUGCAGGAUUCGUUCGUAUUGAUAAGAAUGUACGGAGGCAUCCUACAUUUAUACAGCGCUAAUUACCUCCAGUCUUAUCUCUCAUCUAAAUUGGCAUGACAGCUAUGUAAUAAGUAGAACUGGAUGUGGACAUACUUCAAAUGCAAUCAUCUGUGGUGCCAACCAUUGUAGGAGGUUAAGUAGUUCUUGUCAAACAAUAUCAUUUUACUAACAAGUUAGCUCAUAAUAAGCCUGGCUUAAAUUUUGAGAUCCAGGAUCUCCAUACAAGUCCGAACUUGCCAUUGUCUUGUUGGCGGAGCUUACUCAUUGAACACAUUGCCUGGAUCCGAUGUCA